AUGACAGAAUUCUUGGCCGAAAACAAUGCAUGUGGACAAAAUUUACUGGCGAUUGUUUCCAUGGGCAAUUCCAUAAUUGCCGAAGUGCUUCGAUUAAAAGAUUACAUUCCAGACAUUUUUAGACUAGAAUCUAAAGCCGAUCAACAAAAAUAUGCUGAAGUUAUUAUGGAUUUUAGUUAUUUGAAAAUUGCCGAAGCUCAAGACUUGAAAAUCGAACAGGAUCCCGUUCUGCAAGAUUUAGAUGAAGAAAUACGUGAAAAUUAUUUGGAAAUUUUAACACGUUUCUAUUUGGCCUUCGAAAGUACACAUCAAUAUGCCAAAGAUUUGCAACAAUUUAUCGAUGAAUUGAAUCGUUGUUAUUAUAUUCAACAAACAUUGGAAACGGUAUUGCAGGAUGAAGAGGGCAAGCAAUUGAUGUGUGAGGCUCUGUAUAUUUUUGGUGUCAUCCUCCUUAUUGUCGAUUUCCAUAUUCCGGGUGUGGUGAGAGAACGUCUUCUAAUAUCCUAUUAUCGUUAUAGUGGCUCAAAAUCACACAGUGAUAGUAAUAUUGAUGAUGUAUGUAUGUUACUACGUUCGACCGGUUACAUUUCACCGAAAUCCCAAAAUCCCAACAGUAAUAAAUCCACCAAAGAUGUUAUUGCAAAUUAUCCGGAAUCCUAUUUUGCUCGCUUUAAAUUUGAUGAGAAUUUUAUUGAUAUGGUAAUUGGACGAUUGCGUUGUGAUGACAUUUAUAAUCAAUUGAGCAUCUUUCCACAUCCUGAUCAUCGUUCAACCGCACUGUCAACACAAGCCGCCAUGCUGUAUGUUUGUUUAUAUUUUUCACCAAAAAUACUCCAUUCGCAAGUGGCACAAAUGCGUGAAAUUGUCGAUAAGUUCUUCUCGGACAAUUGGGUGGUAUCCAUUUAUAUGGGUAUAACUGUUAAUUUAGUGGAUGCUUGGGAUCAAUUUAAAGCAGCCAAGGCUGCUCUGUCCAUUGUUGAGACAACAGCCAUAAAGGGUUUUUGUUUACUGCGCAAAGAGAAAAUGGAAAAGGUCUUAAAGCAAUCGCAGGAAAUCCUACGUGAUGGCAUACUGACGGACUUUUUUGUUUUGCAAAAUAUCUCGAAGAUCAUAAAUCUUAUACGGCAGUGUAAUGUGUUGCUUCGGUGGUAUUUUACACAUGCCUCCAAGACAAUUUAUGAAAUUUCCAGGGGCACAGUUACACAAAGAAUGGAACAAAUCAUAAAAUUGGUACGCUCCGAAUUGGGUUAUAAUGAAAUGGAUUUAUUUAGGCUGUUGCUUAAUUGUUCUCAAUUGGAAUUGGAAGUUAAGGAGAUAUUACGUUGUCUAAUGCAAGAAAAGUCCAGUCGAUGGGAUGAUUUUAAAAAGGAAGCUUUGGAUCGUGUAAAGGAACUGGCAGAAGCAUUUUCUGGGUCACGUCCGCUUUCGAAAAUCGAAAGUAAUCCACAGUUGAAAUUGUGGUUUGAUGAUAUUGCCAAGGAAAUUGAAAAUCUAGAAUCGGCUAAUGUUAAUAUAUCGGGACGCACACUAAUCCAAUUGAUUCAGGCAUUGGAGGAGGUGCAAGAAUUUCACAAUCUGCAAUCGAGCAUGCAGGUUAAGCAGUAUCUAAUGGAAACCAGGGAAUAUUUAACAAGAAUGAUUCAGAUAAUAAAUGUUAAGGAAGACAUACUCAUCAACAUACAACUGAUUAGCGAUCUCAGCUAUGCCUGGCAUUUAAUAGAUCGUGAUUUCACGGCCAUCAUGCAAGAUGCCAUUAAGAAACAACCCAAGUCGGUAAUACGCCUUAGGGCAACAUUUUUAAAAUUGGCCAGUGCUUUGGAAAUACCUUUGAUGCGUAUUAAUCAAGCAAAAUCUGAAGAUUUGGUAUCAGUUUCGAAUUACUAUAGCACCGAGUUGGCCAAUUAUAUGCGAAAAGUAUUGCAAAUUAUACCCGAAACAAUGUUUAAUUUAAUGGCACGCAUCAUACAACUGCAAACGGAUGUCCUUAAGGAACUGCCCACGCGUUUGGAAAAGGACAAAUUAAAGGAAUAUGCCCAAUUUGAGGAUCGUUACACUGUGGCAAAACUGACACAUUCCAUAUCGGUAUUCACCGAAGGUAUACUCAUGAUGAAGAAGACAUUAGUUGGUGUUAUUGAAUUGGACCCCAAACAGCUACUCGAAGAUGGCAUACGCAAAGAAUUGGUAAAACAUUUGGCAAAUGCCUUAAAUGUGGGCCUAAUAUUUACACCAAGUGGUGGUGGUGGCAAACAAAAGAAUUCUUCUCCCACAAUGGAAUUGGAAACGAAAUUGGAGCAAUUGGCCAAAACCAUGGAUGGUUAUCGCAGAUCAUUUGAAUAUAUACAAGACUAUUUAAAUGUGCAUGGCUUGAAAAUAUUACAACAGGAAUUGACACGCGUCAUCAACUAUAAUGUCGAAAGAGAAUGUAAUGCCUUUCUGCGCAAUAAAGUUCAAGACUGGCAAUCGAAAUAUCAGUCCAGUACAAUACCAAUACCAACAUUUCCACCAUUACAGGGUGAUACAACAAAAUCGAAUAACUUCAUAGGGCGUCUGGCCAAUGAAAUUCUUCUGGCAACCGAUCCACGUAAUACCGUCUACAUUGAAUUGAAAGCCACAUGGUAUGAUAAGAAAUCCCCGCAUAAAGAAGUCUUGGAUUCGCGGUUCUUUUGUAAAAUGCGUGAAGCCAUUGGGCCGGCAGGUUUGGUGGGUCUCGAUCGUUUGUAUACCUAUAUGUUUGUUGCCGAUCUUAAAAAGAAUAUCGACAAAUUACAGCAUAACAUUGAAAAUGAUCAAAUGUGGUCGUCGACAUUGGCCCAGCUGACCCAUGAAUUGGAAUCGAAACAAUUUCCCACAGCAUACACAACAAAUCCCCUAAAAUAUUAUGCUGCCUACCAUCAGAGAUGGCUAAAAGUAUGGCCCACAAUGAUUGAUUGGAUAUUGGAUUUGGGCCACAAACAAAUAUUGCGCAAACAAUUGGCAUUCGAAUUGAAAAGUAAAAGUAAAGUGAAUGCAAAGAAUUUGGAGUCGGCCUUGGAGACAUUUAAUAGGUCCCUGCUAAACGAAUUGGAAAAUAAAGAAAUGCAACAAAAAUUCAAAGACAACACACUUUUAGUCGAACUAAAAGAUUAUCUAAUGUACACCGGAUCCUAUGAACCACUGGAGGAAGUAUUUGUAUUAUGCAAAAACUCCCAUAAUAUUGCAUUGUUUUUCUUUUUAUUUGUCAUACACAAUGUUACAAAUCGUUUGCAAUUUUCAAUGCAAAUCCAAGGACUUGUACCAAAAAUCCAAAAAGAUGCAAUGGAUGGGGUGCCACUGCUAAUUGGUUUGCUAACAAUUUUACAACAAUUCCAUAAGGAUGUGAAAAUCAUGUUUAUUACAUAUCUAUGUCAAUUUGUUGCAGUAUUGGUGGAAACAAAUUUGAGUGCCAAACAUGAAUUGUGUCCGGAGGCAAUAACAACUUUACAUUUUUUGGAAAUAUUUGUACGUUUGUCACAUCUACCACGUUCCGUAUUGACUGAACGUUUACCUGUGAUCAUCUUAAAUCAAUAUGAAUAUUUAGGUUUAAGUGUUAAAAAUUAAAUAUACCAUU